AGCGCGCUGUUUAACGUGCAGUGUUUGUCUCAGGGUUUAUUUUAAAUGUUUUAUAAAUAAAUACGUUAACGUGUGAAUUGGACUAAAAAUUUUAUAACGAACUAAUAAUAAAAAUGUAAAUAACAAUUGUUACUGACUACAAGAAAAAUGUCAAGGAAAAUUUAGUUUUGUUGGUAAAUAUAAACAUUUGUUUCAUUGCAUUUACACUGGACUCAGUUGUCAUUGCCACUUUGCCAAGCGUUUGCAUGAUAAUAUGACAUGAUGUUUAUUUAUCGUCGAUUCUUGGCGCGAAAAGGUUCGACAAAUGAAACUUUAUUUUGUUACCAUAGUAACAUGACUCAGGGUCUUCUAUAAAUAUUUUGAAUGGUCAUCAGAAUUAAGGUCGUGGGUUCGAAUACUAAGUACCUAUAUUUUUAAUCAUUAUUAUUCCAAUUAAAAAUAGAAUUAGUAUUUAUAUAUAAGCGAGAAUAAACUGUAUUCGAGUGAAUUAUCGCUUGAAACUACUGACCUUCGCUAACUUCAGCUGGCUUUAAUAGGGCUGCCUGUCUUAAUCCGCAUUUUUUAUAUUAUUUUAUGCUCGUCUGCAGGAACAAAGCUAGGCAAGUUUUUAUGUCAUAUCGUAAGUUGGUGGCCCUACUGAACUAUCGUCAAGUUAUAAAACAAAGACACAUUUCUCUUAGAAACAGACAUCUUUUUAUCAUUAAUCUUAUUAUUUAUCUUAACAAUGCGUUAUUACAAUAAAAGACGAACACUUAUCUUGCGUUUAUUUUUUCCAAACAAUUAAUUUUUAUUACUCUUUAUUAUUACGUCAUUUAGGAGAUUUAUAAUAUUAUUAAGAUAUUAAAUUAAUUAUCUUACAGCCAGUAACUAUAAAUGAAUCGUUUAAAAAGAUAAUCUUCAUCAAAAAACAUGAAUGAUUAAAGAUGAGGCGUAGGCUUCUUCUACACAAGGAAAAGUAAAUCUUUAAAACUAACAGUGAAUACUUACGUCGCGAGUAUCGCGUAGCGCGGAAUAAAUUGUCGGCGGGAGUCGUCUUUUCGGCCUAUACAUCUUGAACUUGAAAAUAAACACAUCCUCCGUUCCAAAAAUCUCUUUUAUUCAUUUCUCCAACUUAAAUCACCCGAAUAAUUGCAUGGUCCUUCGAGCCGGAUGCAAUUAUAUCUGUGUAUGAACCCCUAUGACGCUACGCCUAUAAUGUAUUGGUAGGGCGACUAUGAUAAUUCCUUAUUCCCCACGUUCACGCGGAAGCGACAAGCUAAAACCUUGUACAACACAAUGCAACACGUGGUCUACAUUUUGUCAUCAUAAUUACGGCACGGUAGCCGCGACAAAUGGCACAUGUUGAAUCCAGUUCAAUCCUGUCACGAAUAGGUACAGUAUGUGGCCAAUGUAAAAGCCUUGCAGACUUCUGACACAAACUAGUGCUCGACCACCAUUGUUACCCUCAACACCUCUGUUAGGUAAGCUUUGAUUUUUCAUAAAUUUUCCAUGUUCGACAUAUAUAGGUAUUAUUUUAUUUACUUAUAUCGCUGCGCUAAAAUGUCUUGUCAUUCGCUAUAUGCAAAUAAGUUGCUCACAGCGUGGGAUUGAAAAAAAUAUUGAAUUAAACAUACAGAAUAUAUUUAAAGGAACAUGGAUAAUUACGGGUUUUUUUUUAAUAAUAUCCUGUCUAGAUUGAUGAAAUACUCAAGAAGGGUGGAAUCAAGAACACCCGUAACCGAUGUGCAUAGAGGCAUAGACAUAUGAAGUUAUAUUAUAAUUAAUAAUGUCUUCCGUCAGCUAAGUAAAUAUCCGAGAAGUAAUGUACCGUAUUGUAAGUUGCUCAAGAUCUUUAUGUGAUUACUAGAUAUAACAUAAGCUUUGAGGCUGCCAGACGAUGGAGCGACUUUGGCGAGUGCUGCGGGGUGGGGGUGGGGGCGGCAAGGAGGCGGAGCGCGAACUGAACCGCAGCACGUACUCGCUGGUGUCGUGCAGUGAGGUGUCGCCGCACUCGCUGCAGCUGUGGCUCACUCUACCGGACGAGGUCAAAAACGACCCAGAACUGGACAAGUUCAGAAAACUAUAUGAGGAGACUGAUAAAUCAAAGAUCAAUCCAGUAGGAGAUAAUGAAUCUGAGGGUACCAAGCGCCUGUCCGAGGUGCAUUCAGCACCGCUACUGGACGGGAAAGACGGAGCUGCGGGUACGAACGGGGACGCUAUAGUCGAUGAUUCUGGAAACAAUGAUACCAAAGAUAAUACUCAAAUUCAACUGCCAGUCGGCAAAUUACAAAGAAAGUUAUUGGACGCAAAAUAUUACAUAAAGAUGACGUUACUGCUGGGCUGCUGGUUGUUCUUCACAGUGGUCUUCCUAACGUGCGACGAGAAGAAGGAAGUCUUCAAGAACACUGCUAUACCUCCAGGAAUAAUUAAAAAUUAUACCAUCGGCCCGUUAGAAGCGACCUCCAUUUUAGUCAAAGUAUCAGGACCCUUCCUGUCGGAGCACGCGGAAAUCAAAAUGAACUCCAGCGAACUGGAGACCAGGGACAGGAUGGUGGUCUGGCUCGAGAGGUGGAACUCUUCAACUGAGAUACGAGACGAAAUGCCACCAGACUCCUGGACAGUAUUCUUAGCAGACGAAGAUCUAGAUUACAACGCAGGUGAAGAAAGAUCUAGGAAGUUUGAGCUGCAGCAGAGCAACAGCACGUACGUCCUGCGCAUGAAGAGCUCGGGGGCGGAGACGGCGGCGCUGGCGCUGAGCUGGGCGGCCGCGCGGCCGGGCGUGGCCGGCGUGCUCUACGCGGCCGUGCUGCUGUGCGCUCUGUACGUGCUCAUUAUAUUUGAGAUAAUACACCGCACAAUGGCCGCAGUUUUAGUUUCGACGACGUCGAUAGCGGCCUUGGCCCUGGUGGGGGAGCGGCCCUCGCUGCCGGAGAUCAUAUCCUGGCUGGACGUGGAGACGCUGCUGCUGCUCUUUAGUAUGAUGCUGCUGGUGGCCAUCAUGGCGGAAACUGGCAUAUUUGACUAUUUGGCUGUCUUUGCAUUCGAGGUGACCGGAGGGCGCUUGUGGUCGCUGGUGUUCCUGCUGUGCGGCCUCACCGCCGCCCUCUCCACCUUCCUCGACAACGUCACCACCGUGCUGCUCAUGUCGCCCGUCACCAUCAGGUUGUGCGAAGUGAUGGACCUGGACCCGGUGCCGAUCCUGAUGCUGAUGGCCAUAUACAGCAACAUCGGUGGCACCGCCACGCCCGUCGGCGACCCGCCCAACGUCAUCGUCGCCUCCAACAAGGCCGUCGUACAUGCUGGCAUCAACUUCAGCAACUUCACGCUGCACAUGGCGCUGGGCAUCGUGCUGGUGUGUGUGCAGACCUCGCUGCAGGUGCGCUACAUGUUCCGUGACAGCGCGCGCCUGCGCCUCAAGGAGCCCAGGCACAUACAAGAUCUCCGCAACCAGAUAUCAAUAUGGCGGCGCGCGGCGGAGUCUCUGCCGCACCUGAGCAAAGACGUGCAGGUGGUGCGCGAGCGCCUGCAGAGGAAUGUGGCCAAGCUGCACCUCCAGCUGCGGCAGCGCCUGCGGGAGACCAGCCACAGAGCCUGCCCCGAGGACGCCUUCCACACCACGCUGCAGGAGUUGAAGGACAAGUACAAGAUCAGGGACAAGGCGCUGCUGCUGAAGGCGGCGGUGUCCAUCGCUUUCGUGGUGGUCGUGUUCUUCUUGCACUCCAUACCUGACUUCAACCGCGUGUCUCUGAGCUGGACGGCGCUGCUGGGCGCCAUCCUGCUGCUGCUGCUGGCGGACCGCGCGGACCUGGAGCCCGUGCUGCACAGGGUCGAGUGGUCCACUCUGCUCUUCUUCGCUGCACUCUUCGUGCUCAUGGAGGCGCUGGCGCGGCUGGGGCUGAUCUCGCUGGCGGGCGCGCUGCUGCAGCAGCUGGUGCAGCUGGCGGAGGGCCGCGCGCGCCUCGCGCUCGCCAUACUGCUCAUACUGUGGGUAUCGGGGAUGAUCUCCGCGUUCGUGGACAACAUCCCGCUGACGACGAUGAUGGUGCGCGUGGUGGUGGCCAUCGGCUCCAACCCCGCCCUCGGCCUGCCGCUGCAGCCGCUCAUAUGGGCCUUGCUCUUCGGAGCUUGUUUAGGAGGCAACGGCACUCUGAUCGGCGCGAGCGCCAACGUGGUGUGCGCCGGCGUGGCGGAGCAGCACGGCUACCGCUUCUCCUUCCUGCACUUCUUCCGCGUCGGCUUCCCCGUCAUGAUCGGCCACCUCCUCGUCGCCUCGCUCUACCUCCUCCUCUGCCACUGCGUCUUCACCUGGCACUAGCAGCCUCACUCAUCGGACAGUCAUACAUUAAUGGAGACAGUAAAGUUUUAUAUCGUCAAAUGUGCAAACUGCUCAAAUAAGAGUGGAAUUCUUAAUUUUGAAAAGUUACUUUCUUUAAAAGCACUAUUUAUGUAAUUAAUGUUGACAUAAUUUAAUUCAAGCUUGGUGUAUUUAACAUAAGAUAAAUUUUAUUUGGGAUUCCUACCCCAAUGUACUACUGUUGAUUUAUUUUAAAUGUAUGUUAGAUUAAAGUUUAUUAUUUGUUUGUUGCCUUAAGUAAAAAGGCAUCGGAGGUUUCCGUCCAGUGUACAAAUAUCGGAUCUCCUAAUUUGUAGCAAAUUGUAUAUAACUGUUUUUAAAGCGAAAUUUAUGUUAUAUCGAUGAAGUACAAAUAAUUAUGUUUAUAUCUGUUUUUUUAAAUGUAAUGUGUAAUUUAUCAUAUAAUUUUAUUAAAGUUAUUUAAUUUAACAAUUCUUUUAAAUAUUAUUGUACAUUACCUAUGGUCCUGGUGAAUAUGUUAACAUUUUAUAAAUAUUGUUACGGUCAUCAAAGUAAUGAAGUCAAAUGGCUGGACAGGUUUUCAUGCGUAUGGGUUGUAAUGUGGGAUGGGGUGAGUUAGGGCGUGCUGUCUUCAACUUCGCUUAUUAACCUGUACGUAAAUCAGCUGAUGGUGGAGCUCGGCAGCGCCGCUGUCGAGUGUUCCAUCGCCGAGCGCACAGUGAACAGUAUCAGCUGCUGAGACCUUCGGUCGCCGCUUUGAGACUACUAUUCAGUAUAUGUGGGGAAUAUACGAACACACAUGGCCUUAUUUACAAUUUAUGUACAUAAGAGCAAGUUAAUGGUGUUAAGCUAGAGGUCGUAAGGAUGAACAUAUUUCUCUUUAAGUAGAUAAAAAGUAUUGAUUAGGAAAAUGUUUACAAAUAAAACUAAAGUUUUACAUAAUUUUCGAAAUAUAUUUCAUACCAUUUCAUUGUACAGUUACACAACUGACAUUUUAUUCUUUAAUCGGGCGCAAUUUUUUAAACAAUAAAAAUUGUACAUUCUUGUCACAGAUUUUUGACUGAGAUAUAAUUUUGAGCAAUCAUUUCUGUAAUAUUUUUUAAAUAAAUAAAAUAUAACUUUGGAAGAAAAAUACAAGGUUUUUUUUAUUUUUGCUUAUAAGGCUAAUAAUAUCAGGUGAACGGACUACUCUCAUAUUUUACUAACUAUAGCUAAAUUUUCACUACCAUAACCGACUAUAUUCGUUUCUGUUUCUUAGUCUACAAAUACCAUUGAAUUAAAAUAAAAUUAAUAUAUUUUGGGUCAUUUAAUUUACAACUAGGACGAACCAACUUAACUACUGCAUAUAACAUCUAGUAACACGGAAUACACAAGAUGAAGGAUAUCUGCAUAUUUUCCCGCCAAUUUUGACAGCAAUAUUUAGAUGUUAUUAAUGCAAAUUAUUUAGCUAUUUUGUAAUCGUUUCUUCCUAAUGAGGCAGUAAAUAAUUGAAAAUGUAUUCUAAUAUCUGAUAAAAUUUUAAUAAAGAAAUAUAUUUUGUAACUUUCGUGUUAUUAAACUAGAGAUUGAGAUAUUGAGAUUUCUCUUAUACUAAAACUGUUCUGUAUAUUCGCAAUUUUUUAAAUAUCUUCGAGCUCAUUUUAAAAUUACCAAAGUGAAUGUAACCAGCAUUCACAAAGUCCUAAAAAAGCAAAUAUCAGUGUUUAUAACAAUUAUUGUGUUGUUUUUCAUUAAGGGCCUGUCCCACCAAAUUGUAAAUUGUUUGAUAACAAUCUAAC